AUGAAUCACAAAUCUACCUUUUAAUCGUCGUUUGGUGGUUUUACUUCCAUAGUAACAAUCUUUCUCGUGUUUCUAUUUUUUUCAACCAACUUCAUCGACUAUUUGGCUGGAAAAAAUAUCAUCACCAAGCAAACUUAGGUUUAUGAUGACUAACUCUCAAAUCUGCAAUUGGAUGAUCAAGAUUUUAUAAUGGCAUUGGGGAUAGAACAAAAUAACUUUAUAAGCCAACCAUAUUUUACUCUUAAUCUAUAAUAGAGGUAAUCAUAUUUAGGGAUUAUACAGACAAUAUGAGAGACUUUCAAAUGGAACAAUUAUUAAAAAUAUUACUUAACUCCCUUUGGUUCCAUGUACGUUGGAUCGGUUCCACUCAAUUUUCCAGCGUUAUGGGAAAAACUUCUCGGAGGACUUUGAGAGACUCUAACUCCAAAACUUGCUUUGCCCUUAGUAAUAUUUAUAUGUAGUAUCAUAGAAAUUAAUUAAAUAUGAAUAUUGGAGGAACAUUUACAUGUAUAAUGAAAUUCAUAUAUCUAAAGCUAAUAAUUUCAACUUUCUUAAAAUUGAAGUUACAUCCUGCAAUUAAAGUCAAUAUACCGAUAGAACAUGUGCAUAAGAGGAUGAAUUAAAACAACAAUUGGAAGAGAAUGGGAAUUUCAAAGUUUAGGUGUAUAUUAUAAAUAAAGUUAUAUUUCUAAUUGAAAAUAGGUAAUAAACCCUAAUAAAAUUGGAUCCGACUUUGUAUCUAUAUAUCUGGAUGAUCGAAGCUACUUAUCUUUUGUUCCGAAGCAAAUUAAUAAAUAGGCAAACAUAUUCUUUAGAUAAUAUUAAUUCUAAAAUAGUCUUGAUCUUUAUCCAUUUAAGUAAGAAAAUCCUUAUGAAUUUAAGUCAAGAUCAAAACUCCAAUUUUAUUUCUAUAGAUGAUACAUAGACUAAAGAAAUUGCUGAUUUGGGAAGAGAUUCCGAUGCAGUUUAUGCAGCGUUCUAUUUUCGUAAAAGUCCAAUCACAACCUUGGUUGAGAGAAAGAAUUAAAGCAUAAUUGAUUUGCUAUCUAAAUUGGGAGGCUUGUUCUAGAUUUCUUUUAUUGUUAUGGGAUUCAUAAUAGCAACGUAUAAUAAAAUAACAAGUUAGCAUUAUUUUAAAUUAAUUAGUGCUUGUAGAAUUAUCGAAUAAGGUUUAUGAGUUUAGUACUGAUAUUGAAGCGUAGAACAAAUAGCAUUAAUAAAAUCUAAAAAUGAUUGAUCAUAUCUACGAAGAUAAAUAGUUUAGAUAAGAUUACUAUGUAAAUAGGGAAGGUCAAUAACAAUAAAUCCCAAAUAGUGAAAUAAGACACAAAAGCAAAAUUCUACAACUUUUCAGGAAGCAUUAUUCUGAUAAACAUGUAAUGUUGAUUGAUCGACCACCAACUGAGAAUAAUGAAUAUGUUAAUCAAGGUUCUAAUGAAAAUGAAGAUAAGAGUAAUUAAAUUACAUAGUAGGCAAUAAAGGAUCAUAAUAUUUUAGCUUAGAAACUCAAUUGUGUCAAUGGAUUGGAUUACUUCAAAAAAUAAAUCAAUCUUAUCUUAAAUAGAUCGUAACCCUUGAGGUUUAAUUUGAAGAUAUUUUUCAAUUAAUUGUGUUUUAGAAGAACUUUCUAGAAUUCACUUUCCGUAUUGUUUUAUAAUUAAGCAGUGUAUCAUCAUAUAAAUAUAAAAAUAGUGAUAAAAUCAAUGAAUAAUUAGAUGUGUUUAAUAUUUUGAAUAAAUUGAAUGAGAUUGAUAAAUUAAAAGAAAUCCUACUGACAAAUUCAUAGUAGUUAUUGUUUGAUUUCGCAGCAAAACCCAUUAUUUCAUUGAUUGAGGAAAAAGAAAUGCAUUUUUCUCGAACCUUCUUGGAAGAAAGAGCAAGAAACACGUAUUGUUUUACAAUAAUAUAAAAGGAUUGAAUAGUAUAAAAACAAAAAGAUUCGCAGGAGUCAAUUAAUAUAAUAGAGUUUAAAAAACCUUUUUCGCACUCAAAGUCUUGAUAGGGAUCAUAGAAUUUACAAGAGAAUCUAUAGAGUAUUUGAAUAAAUAUAUUAGGCGUAUGAUUUAGUAUUGCAAUAGAGUAUGGAUUAAAAUCCUCAAUAUGAAGUUAAUUAAAAAUUGAUCAAGAAACUUGGAGAUGAAAUAUAGGCAAUUUUCAAAUUGUCUAAAUUGUUAGAUUUUGAUGGUAUCAAGAGAUUGAGAGCAAAUUCAAACUAGGAUCAAAUUUGUAGGAAUACUCAGAAUAUUCCUGAUGAAAUCAUCCUCAAAUGA